AUGAUGGUGCAAGGUAUGUUGUGUUGCACCAUUACUAAUCUAUCCACUGCUUGUUCUCUACACUUAAGAUUUUUGUUGUGAUAUGGAGACUGUUUUAUCGCUUGAAAAAAGCUCAAUACCACAAUUCCAGAAACCCCCAUAUCCCCCUCUAAAAAAUUAAAGUCUUCUCAAUGUUACACAUUUUCUUCUGCAGAGUUUGGGAGUCUUACCACAUCUCAACUGAUGGAAAAAGUUCGGGGUCUUCAAAAUCUUGCUUUUCAACUUGGGUUAGAUGAAGGUAUGAGUUUAGGCUGUAUUUAUACCAAGUGUCCCAGAUUUCACUGAUAAAUCAGGAAAUUCUAGAGUCUAUUGUAGAUGCCAUUUGAUUUAUGAGUGGAAAGAGAAGAGUUUUAAAGUAGUUGGAGGUUUGGGACCAAGAAAAUAUGUUCACCCCUUGUACCCUGACAUGUCAGAAUGAUUACCCAGCGUCACAGAAAUCCAGGAUGCAUUGAGAAAAAGAAAUACUCCAGAUUCACCCAAUAAGUAUCAGAAAACUGGAAGAUCCCCAAUAAUUUGGCAUUUUAGACCUUUUGCAGUAGUGUGUGACUAAAGGAGACAGGUGCCAUGGUCAUAUAAGAAAAAAAAUUAUAGAUGUUUACUAAUGAUUUCAACUCUUUACAUGUAAAAUAUAAUUACCAUCACUUCCAUUAUUACCAAAGGAUUAUCACCAAAGGUUUUUAUUAAAAUUUUUAUUUGUGGUAUCAAUUUAUUUUUUAGCACGGGAAAUGACAAGAGGAAAGUUUUUAAACAUUCUGGAGAAGGCUAACUCUGGACGAAGAUAAGAUAUGGCUUAAUGUGCAGUUGUAGAUAAAAUUACUAAAAUUUGUAUAAAAGUUGUGUAAAAUUUUAGUAGAAUGUUACUUUUCUUCUGGUUGUUAUGGUAAAAAGUGGAAUUCACAUCAUAGGAUAAACCCUAUCUUUUUCCCACACUCGAGAAAAAUUAUUUGACUUAAAAUGUAGAGAGUUCUGUCUGGCUAUAUUAUUAUUUUAAAUCAAACUUUGAGACAAGAAUUUUCAAAACAACAAGAGGAUUGUUUGACUCUUUGUUGUUCUGUGCUAUGUCAACUUAAAGACAGGGAAGUUCUGUUUCUCAUUCUCACUUUGAGUGUGGCAUUUCUUAACUAAUGAUUAUUGAUGUAUUUUUUGUCAUACUGACAUCUUCUGUUUUAUCUGUUAUCUAUUAUUUGAAAACAAUAAAAUGCUUUAAAUCUGUUUCAAGUCUGUUUAAUCCACAGGGCACAGAAUGUAAACUCUCUUUCUAGUGCCAAAAAUUAUAUGUAAAUAUAUAGUGCUGCACUGUCAAAUUGCAUAUGUUGAUAAAAAAAAAAUAAAGUAAGCAGAAGGCUGGAG